AUGCAGGCCCGCCUCCUCGCCCGAGAAACGGGUGACCUCAGUCCCGACGAAACCUCCACAUCCGUGAAUGCCGACCUCCUUCGCAGCUUUGCGCCGGCACCACAACACCGUUUCAACGGCGAAAUAUCGUCUCAAUCGGCUCUAGAAGAGACCGAAGAGCGAGCGCACAACAUUCGCGCCCAUGGAGCGGGAGUAAGCGGGCUUGCGCUCGAAAAGUUUGACGGCCGCAUCCUUGUAUCAGGCGGCUCAGAAGGAUCUAUCAAGAUAUGGGAUCUGGAAGAAGCGUCCGCCCCCAACACAAGACAUGUAUUCCGUCCCGUGAGCACAAUAGCUCGCUCUGCUGUUGGAAAACGAGGAGACGGCCACAGCCACGGCAUAACACACCUGUCCUUCUACCCGUUUGACCCAGAGGCAUUCCUCUCCAGCUCCUACGACAAGUCGCUCAAGCUCUGGGCAACACAGCGCUCUGCUCUCACCGCAGAAUUCCAUCUCAAUGCCACUAUAUACUCUCAUGCCAUGAGCCCCAUUGCAGACCACCUCCUCGUGUCCUGCGCAACACAGCACUCCAAUGUGCGUCUCGUGGAUCUCAAAUCAGGCUCCGCCGUGCAAGCUCUUGUUGCCCACGGCGGUCCCGUCCUCUGCACGUCAUGGAGCCCUCGACACGAGCACGUUCUCGCGAGCGGCCAUGCUGACGGAAAAGUGCGUAUAUGGGACGUACGCCGCGCAGGCGGUGUCAUUGCGCAACUCGACCAGGAGGAUUCAUUGGGGCUCGUUCACCGCUUCCGGCACGCGACAGCAUCGGGGGCAGAUUGGAGCCGCAUGCCGCACUUUCGAGCGUCUGCCCUCGCGCAUGACGAGGCGGUCAACGGACUACAGUGGACUGAUGAUGGCAAAUACAUUGUCUCUGCAGGGCUGGAUCGCAAAAUCCGCGUGUGGGAUGCGGCGACGGGGGCGAACACUCUCGCCAGCUUUGGGGCCCUGAUUCAGAACCAGCAUGCGAAAACGACGGCCAUGAUUGUCACACCACCCGGUCUUUCUAGCAGCAGCGAGCUGCUGGUUUGGCCGAACGAUCAGGAGAUUUUGCUGUUGGACUUGCACGAUGGCACUGUGAUUACGAGGUUGCGCAGUCCUGGUACGACGAAUCCUGUAGGACCCCGGGGCGGAGAAAUGGGCAGAAACAGGAUAACAACGAUUGUGUGGCGUGGAUCGGGAGGAGGUUCCGGGCAGAUAGGAACAGUCAUGGGCGGUGGAAACUCCAUAGGCGCGAUUUACAGUGCUCACUUGGACGGGCAGAUUCGCGCUUGGAUGCCACAGAUUCCAGGGCCAGAUGAUAUCGAUGAAACAGACGAAAUAGACGAGGAUGAAGAAGCAAGGAGACGGAAAAGAAAGGCCGUAGACAGCGCAUACAGGAGUCUGAUGGGUAAACAGAUUACAUUCACAGGUUCUACCCGCUAA